CAAUUAAUUAAAGUUAAAACCACACCAGUAUUUCUUUGCCAUAAGUUAUGUAUUUAAUAUAGACACAAUAUCAACAAACUUAAAAAAAACUCAUUUAUAAUACAUAAAAUACGGACAUUAAAUACGAAGUUGUUGUCGCUAAAAUCCAUCUGCGUAUAAAAACACAGCAUCUAGUGAUAUAAAAAAAACAUUGACAAAAACAAACGUUAAAAAUACCGAACUGAAAAUCCAUUCAACAGCAGUUCUACGUUAGUUUAAGGUAUUUCUUAUUACGUUUCCUUUUUACUUUACGUUAAAUAGAACGUAUAAAAAUAUAGUCAAACAACAUAUUUGUAAAACGUACAAUAUUAAAAUGGUUAUUCAAUGAUAUUCUGAUAAAAUAUCUAAUAUUUACGAUGUGUAAUGUCGAUAAUUAUUAUUCUCCGUUAUUAGAUGGUGCGUUUAAGUCAACUGUUAUACGUUAGCAUUCCCGCUUUCAUUUAAUUUUAUCCAGUUUAAAAUACAAAUAUAUACAAUACAUUGCUUGAUAUAAUUUGAAUAGAAGCCACACCGAACCCAUUGUCUGACAUGUGACGCAAUACGGAAACAAUAUACAAACAUUAAAAACCGAUUGUUAAAAAAAAAAAAAAACUGACAACAAAUAAUAAUUUUGACGCAAUGCGUAUGUCCGAGCUAUUACUGGGUUCUUAAACACAACACGUGAGGUCGCGAGAUAAAGUAGCGUGAGUGACAGGUGCCUGUCAUGGCGACUGCUAAAAAAAAAGUGGUUCAAAACGUUCAAAGGAAAUGGACUAGCGAUUGUUUGUUUUGAAACAUAAACUUGCCGGACAACGUUCUCAAGACCGCAGAGCGUUACGAGGGAAACGUUUUUUGUGAAACUGACCAACAGCAGAGGGACCUGUCACUCCAUGAGGAGGUGUACCACCGGAGGACCACGACCCCCCUCCGCUACCAGUCCCGUCCUAUGACCCCCUCUCCUCCACAAUCGGACAUGAGGUCGGUGCCAUCAUUCGCCAACGACGAUCGCCAUGUCAUGGCCAAGCACGCCGACGUCUAUCCGUCCCCCGAGGAGCUGGAGGCCGUGCAGAUACUGGUGUCCACCGUAGAGGGCGCUCUCAAGAAGGUUUCCGAUUGGAUGGACAGCUUUGACAACGCGUCGGAGACGACUAAAAGAGACGAGGUGCCGGGACUUAACGCCGUGGAGGAGAGCGGGAUGAAAACAAGGUCGGUCCUUUGCGGUGUGACCCGGGUCGGCCUCUUGGCGAAGGGCCUGUUGGUCAAGGGACAACUGGACCUGGAACUUGUUCUGCUGUGCAGAGAGGAACCCACCAGGUCGCUCCUGUAUACCGUCAGCGCCAACCUGCCGCUGCAGAUCCAGACGAUGACGGAGGAGAAAUUCGAAGUGCGGUCCUGUGCGUCCGAGGCAGCCGUGUGGGUCUGCACCACUAGGUAUCCCGUGCUGACGCUGAAGAUCACCCUGUCCUCCUUGGCCACAAGGGGGAAGCGGAUGAACCUCGCAGAAGAAGAAGAGACAACGCAGGAGAAUGUCCACGAGGAGGUGGACAACAGAGAGGACAAGGACGACGUCCUGGACCGCCACAAGUGCCGAGCGGCGCUAGCUUCACUCCGACGCGCCCAGUGGUUCCAGGCCAGAGUGACACAUCUCAGGUCCUGUGUGAUCAUCCUGAGGAUCUUCAGGGAUCUCUGCAGCAGACUUCCUGUGUGGCAACCUCUCGAAGGAUGGCCUCUGGAACUAAUCAGUGAAAAAGCCCUCGCCACCUGUAAUCGCUCCCUCGGUCCAGGGGAGGCGCUGCUUUGCAUCCUCGAAUGCGUCGCCUCAGGAAUUCUCCUACCAGGAGGUCCAGGACUUCAAGAUCCCUGCGAGAAGGAACCCACGGACGUCCUGUCCGACCUCAGUCCGCAGCAGGCGGAUGAUAUUACCCACAAUGCCCAGCAUGCGUUACGCCUCCACGCCUUUGGACAACUCCACAAGGUCUUGAACAUGGAUCUUCUACCUGUGAGCAGGUCCUCCACCAGGUCGCAAGAAGGAUGUCAGAAGAGAAUACGAGACGGAGUGUGGACGGAGGACAGAGACUUGAUCAAGAGGGUCAAAGUCCUGGACCGGAGGAUGACGGACCCAAACCAUCCCAUGAACGCGCUGAUGCGUCUGAACCAGAUGCACCCGGGACUUCAGUACAGGCUCCUGGCCCAGUCCGGUCCGGUCCACGCCCCGCUCUUCACCGUGUCUGUGGACGUACGGGGGAGCACCUUCGAGGCCACGGGGAACUCCAAGAGGACGGCCAAGCUCCACGUCGCCCUCAAGGCCCUUCAGUCACUGGGGUACGUUCCCAGCGGUCAUGGAAACCAGGACUCCCCGAGUGCUGACGAAAAGUCCGACUGUGAAGGAAAGAACGACAGGAUGUUGACGAGCUCCAUCUCCGCCUCCGUCGCCUCCAGCACGGACGCACAGGAGUCAAGAGCCCCCGGCCCCAUCCUGACCGCGGGAGGGAAGAACCCCGUGAUGGAGCUGAACGAAAAACGGCGUGGCCUGAAGUACGAGCUGAAGUCAGAGAGCGGCGGCAGCUACGACAAACGCUUCGUCAUCGAGGUGGAGGUGGACAAGCGGGUUUUCCGGGGAACGGGUCCUAAUAAGAAAGUGGCCAAAGCGAGCGCCGCGCUGGCGGCCCUCAACAGUCUGUUUUCGGGCGCCAAGGCUCCGAGUAACAAGAAGAAACGAGUCAACGCCGCAGUGCAGAAACCGGUGACGUCCGUGAUGAUGAUCCCUGCCCUCGCCGCCAGACCGCCACGACUUCCUGUCAUCCCUCGGACCCACUACAUUACCCCCACACAGACACACGGUUACUUCCCCCCGGGUUUUUGUGCCUCAUAUGGUCCCAGUCCUGCAGGAACCAUCCCCGCCUACAGUGGUCUGUACUUGGACCAUGCCUUUUACCAGCUGCCCCAGGCUGUGGCCCCGCCCCUCAUCAUCCAUCUGGGCCCCCAGGACUUUUACUGACCUCCUCCUUGGACCAGGAGACACCCGGCCUAGCCGUAUGGAUGUCCUCCGGCUGGUCCACGUUGCUCUGGGGGGCAGGGGGGUACGUCACAAACCAAAUGUCUACUGCCACCAGGGGGCAGUGUUUCCGUGACAUCGAGUUGUACUGUCUUUUAAGUGAAUGUAAAUAUGAUAUGAACCACAUGGUUCAUAUAUGGAAAUGUGUGCAUUUGAAAAUAUAUUACGAAAAAAUAUACACACACAUAUAUAUAUAUUGACAUAUAUGUACAUAUGUUAAUAGAAAUGUUAAAAAUACUGAUUGUUGUUCUUAUUAAAU